CAGGCGGGCGGGCAGGGCUUUUCCCGGGGAGCGCAGGCAGCGGCUGGGGUGCUUGAGCUCCUGCCCGCUCCGUUGGGGCGGCAGAGACCCCGUGGGCUGCGCAGCGCGCCAUCUCAUUUCUUUUUAUAGAGAUCUGUAUAUUUUUUCCCCUUGUUUUUUUUUGUGGGUGCGCCUCCGCCCAGCGCCGUGAAGCAGGCGGGCUACCGCUGCCUGCAGCGUGCCGGGGUCGGGGUCGAGUCCGCCGCCAGCGCCGGGCUCGGGCCGUUAUGCGCGGCGAUGGACGCGGUGUCGGCCCGCGGGUGGGAGGGUAGUGCCCGCUGGGCUCCGGGCGCCCGGGCGCUCCUCGGCGAGGCGGCGAGGCGGCUCUAGGGGAGCGGCGCCGGUAGCGCUGCGUUGGCUUUUUUUCCCCAUCUUUUAAAGUUUUCCGAGGUGUAGGCAGAUAGGGGUCCGGGCGUGUGUGCUUUGUGGUUUAUUGGGGUGGUUUUUUAACCCUCGCUGCCUACCUCGGCUUGUCUUUCCCCCCUCUUUUAUUUUUUUCUCCGUGAGGUGGGUACCUGGGUUGUCAGAUUUUAGCUGAGUAGUGAAACAGCAGCAGUUUCUGCCUCCUCCAGUGUGCUCGAGCGGGGAAGAUGGAGGCUGUGAUAGAGAAGGAAUGUAGUGCGCUCGGAGGGCUCUUCCAGACCAUCAUCAGCGACAUGAAGGGAAGUUACCCAGUGUGGGAAGAUUUUAUAAAUAAAGCAGGGAAACUGCAGUCUCAGCUUCGGACUACAGUAGUAGCAGCUGCUGCCUUUUUGGAUGCCUUUCAGAAAGUGGCUGACAUGGCUACUAAUACACGUGGUGGUACCAGAGAGAUUGGGUCUGCUCUCACCAGGAUGUGCAUGAGGCACAGAAGUAUAGAGUCCAAACUCCGACAGUUCUCAAGUGCUUUAAUUGACUGUCUGAUAAACCCACUUCAAGAACAGAUGGAAGAGUGGAAGAAAGUGGCCAAUCAACUGGAUAAAGACCAUGCAAAAGAAUACAAAAAAGCCCGCCAAGAGAUAAAAAAGAAAUCAUCUGACACACUGAAGCUACAGAAGAAAGCAAAGAAAGGACGGGGUGACAUUCAGCCCCAGUUGGAUAGUGCUUUACAAGAUGUCAACGAUAAGUACCUGCUGCUUGAAGAAACUGAGAAGCAAGCUGUCAGAAAAGCUCUGAUCGAGGAGCGCGGUCGAUUCUGUGCUUUCAUCUCGAUGCUGCGGCCUGUGAUAGAAGAGGAAAUAUCAAUGCUAGGAGAAAUAACCCAUUUACAAACCAUAUCAGAUGACCUGAAAAGUCUCACCAUGGAUCCACACAAAUUGCCAUCCUCAAGUGAACAGGUAAUUUUAGAUUUGAAAGGUUCUGAUUACAGCUGGUCUUAUCAGACUCCUCCAUCCUCUCCCAGUACCACCAUGUCCAGAAAAUCUAGUGUUUGCAGCAGUCUGAACAGCGUUAACAGUAGUGAUUCCCGGUCCAGUGGCUCGCACUCGCACUCACCUAGUUCACACUAUCGCUAUCGCAGCUCCAAUCUGCCUCAGCAGGCACCCAUGAGGCUGUCCAGUGUGUCCUCCCAUGAUUCUGGAUUCAUGUCCCAGGAUGCUUUCCAGUCCAAAUCGCCAUCCCCCAUGCCACCAGAAGCACCUAACCAGAAUUCGUCCAGCUCUGCCUCUUCAGAAGCCUCUGAAACCUGCCAGUCAGUGAGCGAGUGCAGUUCCCCCACCUCAGUCAGCUCAGGCUCCACCAUGGGGGCUUGGGCCUCCACAGAUAAGUUGUCUAAUGGGUUUUAUCACUGUAGUUUAUCAAGUGACCCAUCCGUAGCUUCAGUUGGUGCAGGUCCUUUCCCUCAUUUCCCGCCUGUCUCCCGCGCGUGGACUCGGGCUCCCUCAGCCCUCCUUCCAGACUACGUUCAUUAUUACACCAUUGGGCCAGGCAUGUUACCAUCAUCUAAGAUCCCUAGCUGGAAGGACUGGGCCAAGCCCGGCCCGUACGAUCAGCCGAUGGUGAACACGUUGCAACGUCGCAAGGAGAAGCGCGAACCAGACGUCAAUGGAGGAGCUCAGAGCGGGGCUCCCCUGCCCCCCGAGGAGGCCCAGAGACCCCGGAGCAUGACCGUGUCAGCUGCCACGAGGCAGGGUGAGGAGAUGGAGGCCUGCGAGGAGCUGGCGCUCGCUCUGACGAGAGGGCUGCAGCUGGACACCCAGAGGAGCAGUCGGGAUUCCCUGCAGUGCUCCAGCGGCUACAGCACCCAGACAACAACCCCGUGCUGUUCAGAGGACACGAUCCCAUCUCAAGUUUCAGAUUAUGAUUAUUUCUCUGUGAGUGGUGACCAGGAGGCAGAGCAACAGGAGUUUGACAAAUCUUCCACCAUCCCAAGAAACAGCGACAUUAGCCAGUCCUAUCGCAGAAUGUUUCAAACCAAGCGUCCCGCUUCCACCGCAGGUCUGCCCACCACGCUGGGGCCCGUCAUCGUCACCCCUGGCGUGGCCACCAUCAGACGGACGCCCUCCACCAAGCCUUCGGUCCGGCGCGGCACCAUCGGUGGAGGGCCCAUCCCCAUCAAGACGCCGGUGAUUCCCGUCAAAACGCCGACCGUCCCCGACGUGCCGGGGGGGCCGCCCGGCGCCCUGGCCGGCACCGAAGAAUGCCCGGAGCACAGCCCCGAGUCGCCGACGGCGGGAGACGGCGGCCAAGCCGUCACCAGCAUGCCCUCGUCCUCGUGGAGCGGACAAGCCUCCGUCAACCCUCCGCCGCCGGGCCAGAAACUGAGCGCCGCCGACGAGCAGAGGCAGGCGGCUGCCGAGGGUGAGGGCGAGGAGGGCGAGCGGGAUGGCGCGGCCCCCGCCACGGGCCAGCCCGAGCCCGAGCCCGGCGAGCUGAGCCCGGGGGAUGUGCCGCAAGGGGAGGAUAUGCUGAACGCCAUCCGGCGCGGCGUCAAGCUGAAGAAGACGACCACGAAUGACCGCUCGGCACCUCGCAUUUCCUAGGAGCGGGGAAGCUUCCAGAGUACCAGCCGCCGAGAAGGAACUGUGAGGGAAUGAAUUUGUCUCUAUCCAUUCCAACCUGUAGUCAAUGAAUUUUUUAAGAUAACUCGGUGACAGACAGUGUGAGAGUACUCUGAAAGAGAAAGCGAGGUGGCAGAGCGUAGUGACACAUGAUCUUCACUGGUGUUUUAAUUUGUAAAUAUCAACGAUUUUGUUUCUGCAUUUUUUCGAUCUAAGUUACACUUUUACUUUUUUUCUGAAGGUGCCAAAUCCCAUUUACCUUUUUUAUAACUCUUUGUAAAGUUUUAAAUCAUAGGAGUAAAAAAACAACCCACGAGACGUCAAGUAGUUCACUUCAGCAAAGGGAUCUAACGGAAAUCUGGCUUUUUUUGCAAGCUUUUGUAGAGCGCCUUGCGAUAGGGUAAACACACAAAACAAAACAAUGGGACUUAUUUGAAAGAUCAAGCUGUAAGGAACAGAUCCUCCUUGAAGUAUUAUAAACCAAACCAGAUUGAAAAGCAGGAAUACAAAUUGACAAUAAAAGCAAUAUGUAAUGCAAGGAAGAAACCUGCAGUCGGUAGAGUAUUUGGGGGGAGUAGUGGGGGGAGGGAGAUGCCAUCGAAAUAGCAGAUGCUGUUGCACAAAAGUAGCCUAGUAGGAUUAAUUACUAGUAGCUUCAUGGUAAAUGCGUCAGAAUAAGCCAUAUUGGAUUGCAGUGUUUUGUUUCUGUAGGGUGUUUUAAAGACUGGGGGGGAUUUUCCACGUUUCUUUUUUGACUGCACAGCAACAACUCUCAGUCACAUGCAUGCAGCCUUAACUGUGUAGGCUCAGUUCUUCCACCUUCACCUUCCUCCACUCAUCCUUUCACUCAGUUACCAACAAAGGACGACAGGCUUAAGGCAGUUAGUAAUGUGAAAACGUUUUUCAAAUGCAAGCAGGGAGUUCUUAGAUCUUAGCAAAUUGCCUUUUUCUGACUGUGCCCAGCAGGCUGGGCACCUUGGAAAGCCCAAAUAUUUUGAGGAAACACUGAACAAUUUGACAAUUAACCAGCUUGUGAGCUUACAAACUGCGAAUGUUCCUUUCCAAUACAGGGGCUUGUUUUUCUUAACUUCUUUUAAAUGGCAGUUGAUUGGCUUUUCUUAAAUACCGAAAA